AUGCGAGCCCAGCAAAAGAAGACCCAGGAGCAGGUCGAUACCCUGACCCAAGAAGACGACGAGGAACCGUUGGACCCCGCUGCCGCGACGACCAACGGAACCACUAAUCGUCCCGCACGAGUUAGCAGACGAGCAGUCUUAGAGCUCGAACGAAUGCACCGUCGCCUCGACGAGUUCGACUCUAAAAUCCAUCGCAUCACUAGCUCAGCCCCGGAGUUGACAAAAGCACUUGCCGACACCCGGAGGAGCCCACUCACAGCAAGGAUUCGCCGAGUCCAACUCCACGACAGAGUACGACUUAAGAUCGAACCCUUUGCUGGCGACCAAGACCCGAAGAAGUGGUUGACGGCAUUCAACCUCGCCAUGACGAGAGAGAAAUAUGACUCUCUCGACGAGAGGGAUGCAAACUAUUGUCAAGUCUUCGUCGAGCAUAUGACGAACGAAGCCCUUGUCUGGUUUUCAAACCUCCCUGCCGAGACGAUUGAUAACUUUGACGAUCUGACCAAUGCUUUUCUGAAGCACUACUCCAUGAACAUGACUAGGAUCACCCGAAACAUGUUCACUGUGACGCAAUCAAAAGGCGAGCCCCUUAAGAGAAUUCAUCGAAAGAUUCAAGAAAGCAACACUUGA